UGAUUCAAGGACCAAGACCCGGACUGCAUUUAGAAUUGUUGGAGAUUAGUAUACUGUAAACAAAUAGAAAAGCUUUCAAGGUGAGGAUGGGAAUAGCUACCAAUUGUUGUAUACACCAUGCCAGUAGAAUGGCGAUAACCAGGAGCGAUGCGGACGCUGCUUGCAAACGUUGCAGUAACUGGCGGCGGCGGCAAUCGAUAUAUCGAUCAAUUACCAAUCCGUCGAUCGAAGGCUAGAGUCAACCCUGCCUUUGCUUGAUCAUGUUCGAGACGGGUACAUCCCUUCAUGAUUUUUGAGUGCAUCGCAGCGGCAUAUCGCGAAGCUGGCCUCUCGUUAAACAUCCUAUCAAUCUACGGCACAGGCACCGAUUUGGACCCUGGACGAUUCCUGAGCCUUUUAUUCUUUUCUCACACGCUCGUUCUCGUUUCAUGUAUUUCGACUCGAUAGAUGGUUCGCAUGUCAGUACUCGCCGAUUGCCUCAAGACAAUCUCCAAUGCCGAAAAGCGUGGACGACGACAGGUCAUGAUCCGACCUUCGUCCAAGGUUGUUAUCAAGUUCCUUAGAUGCAUGCAACAGCAUGGUAAGUUUCAUUCCGUCCCCUAUGCUUCGUUCUUCAGUUCCUGGUGCGUUUUCGAUCCGAACCACACGACAACAAGCGGUAUCUGGACAGCACCGAAGCCCCAAGAAAGAACGGCGGAUUGCAGCACUGCACCGAAUCGAACUGCACCCCACGAGGAUAUAUGCUAAAGGCCCUACUCGGUCGCGAGCGCGCGGCCUCUCUCGAGAAGCCAGCAGCUUUGCAAGGACCCGACCGUUGGAGGGGGGGUCUCAUUUUCAAUCCUCAGAUGAAACACCAGGGACUACCUAUUCACACUCACGUGACCAUACGAUUCUAACCUAUGUGUGUUGCGCCGUUGGUACUCUACCAUUUCAACAACUUACCUUUCGCAGGAUACAUUGGGGAAUUCGAAAUCAUUGACGAUCACCGAUCGAACAAGAUUGUUAUUGAACUGAAUGGCCGAUUGAACAAGUGCGGUGUUAUCUCUCCUCGAUUCGAUGUCCCCGUCCACGAAAUCGAGAAGUGGGUUGUCAACCUCCUUCCGUCUCGUCAAUUCGGACACUUGAUCCUGUCCACCACAUACGGAAUCAUGACCCACGAAGAGGCCCGACGCAAAAAGACUGGAGGAAAAAUUCUUGGUUUCUUCUACUGAGGACCUCCAUCAAUUCGAUGGAUCGAUCCCUGUCCAAACAGAAAACCUAGACAUUUAUUACCAGACUACAUUACAUAACACCACCCCCAAACCGUUUGCGAAAACAAAAACCAAAUAACUUUUCAAACAGUUCCGUUUCCACCACACAUCACUCUUAUUGCUCGUCUGUGAUUUAUGACGGGUUCACUUUAGAC